AUGGCUAGGAUACGGGCGGGUCCGGCCGCGCUGCGACGAGCGGCUGGUGGCAAUCAGAUGUCACGUCCGCUUUCACGACCGCUUGCACACCCGACUACGCGACUGUCGAUAGGCGCAUUACGCACAAGAUGCAUUGCGACGAAUGCUGCGAUCCAGGAACCUGACGUGGAAUUCCCCGCGGGUGUGCCUCCAGUUUCGGUGCCGUCGACGUCGAAGGUGGAUGAGCGGAGGAAGGCGAUUAAGAAUGCGAAACCUUUCUCCGAUUUCUUGACGGAUACGUUCAAUCGGCAGCAUGACUAUCUCCGUAUCAGCAUCACAGAGCGCUGCAACCUGCGGUGUCUGUACUGCAUGCCAGAGGAGGGCAUACCGCUAUCACCCCCCGCCAACAUGCUCACCACGCCCGAGAUCUUCUACCUCUCCUCCCUCUUCGUCUCGCAAGGCGUAACCAAGAUCCGGCUCACAGGCGGCGAGCCCACGGUCCGCCGCGACAUCGUCCCGCUCAUGCAGCAAAUCGGCAGUCUGCGCCCGCGCGGCCUCCGCGAACUCGCCCUCACAACCAACGGCAUCUCGCUGCACCGCAAACUAGAUGCCAUGGUGGAAGCUGGUCUAACCGGCGUCAACCUCAGCCUCGACACCCUAGACCCGUUCCAAUUCCAGAUCAUGACCCGCCGGAAAGGCUUCGACGCCGUUAUGAGGUCAAUUGACCGUAUACUCGAGAUGAACAAACUGGGCGCGAACGUUAAGCUGAAGGUCAACUGCGUCGUCAUGCGCGGCCUCAACGAGCGCGAAAUCCUGCCUUUUGUCGAAAUGGGCCGCGAAAAGGACAUCGAAGUGCGUUUCAUCGAAUACAUGCCCUUUGGCGGGAACAAGUGGAGCGAGAACAAGAUGAUCAGUUUCCAGGAGAUGCUAGACAUCAUCCGUACGAAAUACCCCGGCCUAAGACCCGUCCCUGGACACAAAAACGACACGAGCAAAACAUACGAAGUACCUGGCUUCGUGGGCAAAGUCGGCUUUAUCACGAGUAUGACGAACGAUUUCUGCGGGUCCUGCAAUAGACUCCGCAUUACGAGCGACGGGAAUCUUAAAGUCUGUUUGCAUGGUAAUGCGGAGGUUUCGUUAAGAGACGUACUGCGCCAGGGUAAUGGCGGCGAGCCUAUUGACCAAGAAGCAUUUGAGCGCAUUAAGCAGGUCGAGAUGGACCGGCACGAGGGCCCGUUGAGCGACGAAACGGUUCUUGGUUGGGGCCAACGCGAGCGCGAACUUCUGGACGUCGUUGGAGCUGCUGUUAAGCGGAAGGCGGAGAAGCAUGCUGAUCUGGACGACCUUGCCAAUAUGGAGAAUAGGCCUAUGAUUUUAAUUGCGACCUCCAUCCGCGCCUUCUCAACAUCCCCCACCCCCGCCGCAAAGAAAACAUACCAACUCAAACGCCUCGCCAAAGCCAAAAAGCUCCUCAAGAACAUAGACACAUCAAGAUCCACAGACGCAUUCGGCGUCCAACAGUUUCUAGAGGACGUCGAAGCACCGAAUGAAUCCGAAAACCUCCUGAGGGAUAUCGAGAAGAAGAUUGCUAAUCUACAUCGUCGCAUCGUCGAGGUUGAGAGGGGGACGCCGCUUGCUUCUGCUUCUGCUUCUGCAUCCCAGGUGCCCGCCCCGCCAGUAUCUCCGGGAGUGCGUGUGGCUGAUGCGUUUGAUGCUGUUGGCACUGCGGUCGGUAACGAUACGACGGCACCAAGAAAAAGGAAAGGCAAAAACGAGCGCGAGCGAGCCCGAAGACGCGAACAAGAAAGAUACCGGAAUGAGAAGAUGAAGGAACUUGGUGUGCUGCUGAACCAAUGUAAAGAACAAGCCACAGUCGUCAAAGCGGAAUUAGAGAAAACAGUCGAGAUGCGUAAGCGACGCGAACAAGUACUAUCUCGAAAACGCACACUACUUCGCCAACUACACGCACAUGAAGAGGAGGAGCGCAGGGCCAACCUCGUGCGUAGAACGAGCCAGGCAUUUAGGGAGGCUGGGCUGCCGGAGGGAUUCGAGCUUGAUGAGGUACUCGAUGAUGCGAUGAAGAAGGUUAAGAAGAUGCCGAUGCAUCCGCCGAGGGAAGAAAGGGUGUUUAAAGAGAGGGAGGUGAAGGAUGUGGAUGUGCCGAGGGCGAAGAGGCUUGUGAGACCGGCGGGGAAGGGGGCUGUGAGUGUGCUGGAGAGGGGUGGGGAUGGGGAUGGGGAGGAGGUGGUGGGGGAGGAGGUUAUGGAGAGGGAACGAGCUGAGGGGGUGGUGGUAGACGAUGGCGAUACUUCCACAUCCAAGUCUCCAUCCGAAUCGACCCAGGAACAGACAGAGACUACUGCCAGGACCUCAACCGACAAGCCCUCUGCAGAAGAACUAGUUGACGCGGCUGCCGACGACUUCACGAGUUCAGUCGCAAACGCAGGAGAUCCCUUCCCUCCCUCGUCCCCCCAGCAAAAGCCAUCAACCAAGGCCGGCAAACCCAUCAAGAAGGAUACACCACUCCCACCACCAUCCCCACCAACCUCAAAAGAUGACCUCCGCCUCAACAUCCCCCCCUCAGGCAUCGUCCCCAUCGACGCCGACUUAAUCCUCUCCCUCGACUCCCCCGUCCCAGCCCUCCAAUCCCAAGUCCUCGCCCUCCGCAACCGCCUAAAAUCCUCCUACCCCCGCAUCGACAACCUCCCCUACGACGUCUGGACCUCGUCCAACAAACGCACUUUGCAAACCUGGCUUAAAAUUUUAAUCAGCCGAUGGAACGCGCGCUUCGAUGAUGUUGAUCGUACGGGCCAGGUUGAUAAGGGGAUUGUGGAUGAGAGGGUGAAGGAGGUACUGGAUAGUAUGGUUGGGGAACAUGAUUUGGGGAAUGAGGCGGCGGAACGUAUGGCGAUGAGGUGGCAUGAGGCGUUUGAGCGGAGGGGGGAUAUGUGGGGGGAUGCGGAGGGAGUGUUGGAUUGGGAGGAGAUGGAGGCGGGGGGGUUGGGGUUUUUGGGUGUGGAGAGGGAGGAUGGUGGGGUUGAAGGACCGGUGCUGAAGCAAGAGAUGGGUAAGACUAGUCACGAGGUGGAUGUCGAGAAGAAGAUUGAGCCUACGCCUGUGAGGAUGGCGGGGAGUGGUGUGACAACGAACGGGGUUAUGGGUCGCAGGAUGUAUUCCACGUCGACGAGAAGGGGGUUUUGGUCUUGGUCCAGGAUUUUGGGGACGGAGGCGAAAGACGAAAAGAACGAGAAGAAAAAGGACUUGAAGCAGCGUUAUAGGACAGACGCCAUACCAGACAGCACGACUCAGCCCAAGCCCGCUGCUACACCGGACGCCAAACCAGUCGCGAAGAUCGAUACAAAAUUGCACGAAAAGACCGACGUUCAAUCAAUCGCCAAAUCAAACCUCAAGCCCGACCCAAAGCGCCAAACCAAGCACCCCGCAGAGUCCGUCCCACCGAAGCAUGAUGUCAAAGCAGACGCCAAAUCCGACGCCAAAGCGGAAACAAAAGAUGACGCCAAACCCGACCCUCGCAAAAUUAGAGAGGACUCACCUCGGAUGCAUCGGCCUCCCGGUCAGGGCGUAAGUAAGACCGUCUUGCAGAAAAAGAGGAGGCAAGCUAAGAAGAUAGAGGAUGAGAGACGAAUGACUGAGGCACUGGAGCGAGGACGAGAGGGUGGGGAGAGUGAAGAGAGAGGGGUGGAAGUACAAGAGCAAGGAAGAGAAGAUGGAGAACGACAGCCUGGCGCACAUCAACAUGCACAAGAGCGUGCAGAAGAGUCUGAAACCCAACAGCCGCCCCAACAGCCGCCCCCGGUCGAACGCGCAAUCGACAAAUUACCGCAAUACCGAGUGGAAAGCAUCAAAAAGGCCGAGGAAGUCUUACCUAAACCCGUGCCACGCACCCACCAAAUCGCACCUAACCAAGACACCGAAACCGACACCGACAAACCAGCCUUCGUACGCGCAAAGAGACCCCUCCAGCCCCUGCCUGGACUCAGACGCUCGAGGCAUGUUGAAUGGAGGAAAUUGGAGCGGACAGAAUUGCCCGGGCCGCCUAGACAUAUUGUGAAGCCCCCGACAGACAGCAAGGGCAAGGGUUCAAGAACAAAGUCCCUGCAAGACUUUUUGGAUAGCAUGAAUGAGGUUGCUGCGCAUUCGCCUUUUGAGGCAGAACCGAGACAGCAGACUCGUCCUUUGUCGAUGCUGGAGGGGGGCAUGGAGGGACUAGUGCAACAAUCCUCGUCCGCUCAACAACUUCAUCCGCAGAGCAAACCUGCCUCUUCCCAGCCUACCUCCGCUCAGCAACCCCAACCACCACCAUCUCUCCCCCACCUCACCCCCUCCGGCUCUGCGCACAUGGUCUCCGUAUCCGCCAAGGAACACACGACCCGCACCGCCAUCGCAGUCGGAACCGUGUAUUUCACCAACGCCGUGCCCCUCCGCCUCAUCACAUCAAAGGCCAACAAAAAAGGAGAUGUACUGGGUACAUCGCGCAUAGCCGGCAUAAUGGCCGCGAAAAAAUGCCCAGAUCUAAUCCCCCUGUGCCAUCCCAUCGCUCUAACCCACGUUGGCGUUGAACUACGACUUUUUGGCGAUAAGUGGGAUCCGCGGACAACAACAACAACAAAGGAAGGGGAGAUGGAGGGGAUUAUGGGGGUAUUGGGGAAGGAGAUAGGUAAGGAAGGGAAGGAAAAGGGGAAGGGGAAAAUGGGUUUUGGGGGUGUGAACAUCGAAGCCAAAGUCCAAUGUACAGGCCCCACGGGAGUGGAGAUGGAGGCCCUGACUGCGGUUAUGGGCGCGGCGCUUAGUGUGGUGGAUAUGUGUAAGGCGGUGGAUAGGGCGCAGAGGGUGAGUGGUGUUAGGGUUGUGAUGAAGGAGGGGGGGAGGAGUGGGGAGUGGAGAGAAGAGGGGUGGAGGAGUUGGCAGGAAUGA